CGCUUGUCAGAGCAAAAGUUUCCCUGUCGCCAUGUUGUAUCUCUUUCGGAUCCUCUAAAUUGUACACACACGGAACGUUUUUGAGUUUUUUGUUGUUUUUCGCCGAUUUCGGGCCAAACCUGUACGGCUAAAAAACCAGCAACCUUUCGGUCAGUUCAAAAUUUCGAUUAUUCCUUUAGUUUUCGGUAGCGAAAUCAGAGCGCGACAAACGUGUUUCAGUGAGUUUUUGCCAGGCGUUAGCGACGAAGAAAAGUGAUCCGGGAAGCAAGCAGAGCUUCACUCUGUGAGUGUGCAGCAAGCAAAAAAAAGCAGCGAAAACCGGAAGGACCCCUAGCAUAUAAUUCCUCAGGAAAAGUCUAGUGAAAGAAACAUCCUUCCAAAGUCUACUGCAUUCACGCAUAUGUCUAUAAAAAAGUAUUUAUUCCUUAAUUAGUUUGUAGAAUCGUUCAAGUAUUAAAAAAAAAACAAGUGAGUGAUGAGUAUUGAUUGUCGAUCAGGGGAUAACCAAACGAAAAUCACCGUUUCCUGAUAUUCAGCGAAACGUGGCUGCAAGCAAGCAAGAGAGAAAAAAAAAUUGAAGAUCAAACCGGAAAUAGUUUUGUUAUUUGUGUGAUUUGUUAACGAUAGUUUGAGCAAAUGUUUUGAAUUUUGCUGCGACGGUAUUAUAAUCAGAAAAAAUCAGUUUGACUUAUCCAAAAUCUACAAGCCUCCGGUGAAUGAACACACUCACACAUACCGACACACACACACCUACAAACACUCCAAGCUUAUUCACUUCGGAGCAACACCGGAGAGGAUUUCUAAACACCAAUAGUCGGGCCAAAAGAAGCGGCAAGCACCAAUCCUACUGAAUCAGAAUUUCUCGUCGAUACCCCAGUUUACCAGAAAAAUAGUCAAAAUUUCGGACCACGAGCAGCCCGACAGUCCUAGCGACAUGGCCUCCAAUCUGGACCAGUUUGCCGAUCUCGAGCUCUCGAAAGAGGAUAGAGAGCAGAUAUUCGAUCCACCGCUGGAUGUCCCCAAAACACAAAAUGGUGCCAGCAACAUUGCCAAAAUCGUUAUCAGUGGCAUACCGCAGCACGCGAAAUUCGAUGACAUCGAGCCACUGCUGAAGCCGUACGGCAAGGUCGAACACUGCGACGCAGUCACUAGCAAGGACCCAAACACGCAAACCGUCCAUAUCACGUUCGAGAGUCACGAUCAGGCACAGAGAGCGGUAUCCGGCCUGAACGGGAUCGACUUCGAGGGUUCCAAGCUGCUAGUGGAGCUGUUCGAGAGCAAAGCAAACCGGCGCAGCCAGCGGGCUCGUUCGCAGUACGGCGGAAUGUCCGGUGGUGGUCCAGGACGUCAGACCGACUUCCCGCUGCGGCUGCUGGUAUCCAGCGAGAUGGUCGGCGCCAUCAUCGGCCGCCAGGGCAGCACGAUACGACAGAUCACUCAGAACAGCCGGGCGCGUGUCGAUGUUCACCGGAAGGAUAACGUCGGUUCGCUGGAGAAAGCGAUCACAAUCUACGGCAAUCCGGAGAACUGUACCAGCGCCUGCAAAAGAAUUCUCGAGGUGAUGCAGCAGGAAGCCAACAGUACAAACAAAGGGGAAAUCUGCCUGAAAAUUCUUGCUCACAACAACCUGAUUGGUCGCAUCAUUGGCAAGAGCGGGAACACCAUCAAGCGAAUAAUGCAGGAUACCGACACAAAGAUCACCGUUAGUUCUAUAAACGAUAUCAACAGCUUUAACCUGGAGCGCAUCAUAACCGUCAAAGGCUCGAUCGAUAACAUGUCCAAAGCGGAAAGUCAGGUCAGUGCUAAACUGCGCCAAAGCUACGAGAAUGAUCUGCAGGCUCUGGCACCGCAAAGUAUAAUGUUCCCGGGUCUGCACCCGAUGGCGAUGAUGUCCACGGCCGGUAAUGGAAUGGGCUUCGCCGGCCGAUCGGGUAUGUAUCCGGGCUCGAACUAUCCAAUGUACCAGCCGGCGACCGCUCCGGGGGCGCCGCCUGGAUCCAGCGAGGUCCAGGAAACUACCUACCUGUAUAUUCCAAAUAAUGCCGUUGGUGCUAUAAUCGGAACCAAAGGAUCGCAUAUUCGUAAUAUUAUAAGAUUUUCCGGUGCUUCCGUUAAGAUCGCUCCGCUGGAAGCGGACAAACCUCCCGAGCAGCAAACCGAACGGAAAGUUACCAUUGUUGGAACACCGGAAGCCCAGUGGAAGGCACAGUAUCUGAUCUUCGAGAAGAUGCGGGAGGAGGGUUUUGUUUCCGGCACGGAUGAUGUGAGAUUAACCGUUGAGAUUCUGGUUCCAAGUGCGCAGGUUGGGCGCAUCAUCGGGAAGGGCGGCCAGAACGUGCGAGAGCUGCAACGAGUGACCGGCAGCAUAAUCAAACUACCCGAGCACACUGCCAACACGCCGGUGGAUGAGGAAACCACCGUGCACAUAAUCGGUCCUUUCUUCAGUGUUCAGUCCGCGCAGCGACGUAUCCGCACGAUGAUGUUAGCCACGAAUCCCCCGCCACCCACGAAUCGGCAGAAGGCGCAAAAAUCAAAGGAACCUUCAUCGACCUCUCCGACCCCGACGGGUGCCGCACAGCCGCCUUCGUCUAGUACAAAUGCAUAAUCAAAAUCCGCAAUCGUCGUUGUUGAUGAUGAACAGCUGUCACCAAUACCAUCACCAUCACCACAUGCAUCCUCAAAGCAGCAGCAGCAGCAACAACAACAACAAGAACAUCAACGUCAGCCGAGGUCCCUAUCAGUAAGAUCAAAUCAUCAAUACCUAUUACAACUGCAGGUCACAGAGAGAAACCCAUUCAUUAGGGAGGUAAAAAUAUUUGAAGUAGAGCCAACGUAUCGCACCUCAGGUCAACAAAAGCCUAACAAUCAAGCAGUAAGAAUUUUCCUAAAAAAAAGUCAUACACACGAGUACCCGCUAGGGGGUGGUGUGUGUGCAUGUCAUAAAAUUAUUACCAAUUUGGUUCCAACCCUCUCGGACCGUUAAGUCGUUAGUUUCUUAAUUAAGUUCCAAGCGUAUUUAUUUGUAAGCAUAAAAUUCGAAAUUAACAUUCCUAUCAGCAUAUUUACACGAAUGCAACUCAUUUUUUGGCAGUCUUUUUCUUGCUGUUUGAAUAAAUUUUGAAACCCACAAGCCGAUUAUACAUUUGCUCUACUGUAGUAAUGAAGAAAGAUAAAGUGUAUAUACGAGCCCCGGUGGUCCGGUUCACGAUCGCUGGGUUCACGUGGUUUUCGGAAACCGUUAGAGAGAAGAAGAACAAAAUCAAAGAUUUACCAUCUCAGAGAGCUAGAAAGAACCAAGCGCGAAAAUUUUGUGUCCAGUACUUGUACAUAUUAAGCUAUAGGUUGUGAAAUUCAUUGAACCCUGCAGGAGGACAAAAGUCUAUUGCUCCGGGGAUUGUUAAAAAACAAACAAAAACUUGCUCUCGUCCACGUCCGUCGAUGUCGACGAGCGCGAGAGGUUCAAAAGUUCCUCUUUGCCGUUGGCGCAUGCAAGUAGAAUUUCGGGGGAAAGCGCCGAUUGAGGGCGCGACCAACUAAAUAAUCGCUGGGUAGCUCGCGCGCGCGCACGAGGUCAAUGUUGCAAGGAUUUUGAAUGUUUUUUUUCUGAUUUAUUUUUGUGUGUAAGCAAUCAAUACCCGCACGCGCAACGAGAGAGUUUUAGACUAACGUGAGGGAAAACUGCGGCAGUUUUUAUUAAUGUUUGAAGAGAUGGAAAAUCGUUUGACGAAUAUAUUUGUGAAGAAAUUGCGUGUUGACACUUCGUGUAGGGCUGGUUAGUACACGAGCGGUUUACAAGUAGGCGAUCACCAUUGAAACUACACUGAUUGCUUCGCUUGCUGCGCUCUGGGGAAGCCUACCUUUGAAGUGUCAAAACGACACCGUCGGUUGCCUUAGAUUUGGUGCUGAAUGUGCGACAUGCAGAACUAACGUUGUAAAUCUUAUACGCAAACAUAGAACGGUAGAAGAUUAAGCAAUCCCCAACAACAUCUCCGUUGAUUUGUGCGGCAAAGUUUCACAGUCAAAAUUUCACCAUUUCGGAAGCAAAGAACAUUCAAAAACAAAACAAACUUCGGUACGAACAUAACCAAUACCUCAAUAGAUGUGCAGGUAUCCAGCCACUAGUGGAACAAGCCGUGGAGAAAGCCUGCAUUCUAGGUUAGCCAAUAAAUGACCAAUCAACGAACGCUGCACACGCCUGGCUGCAGCUUCUGUUUAUUUGUUACUAUCAAAGCACAGAUUAACAAGUUUUAUGCAGUUUCCACAUUAACACACCUAAUCAUGCGGAAAGCAAAACAAAUGCAAAGAGAUUUAUGUUCAAACUUUACUUAUUGAUGGUGCAUUAACCAAUUUUUAUUAACUUGUUGUUGAGCAUACUUGUUGAAACCUAUAUUUUCCUACAUGCUAUUUUUCCAAUCCCCAGCAACUGUUGUUUAAUUAACUUGUUUUUGUUUAUAUCUUACUAGUAGAAAAAAAAUCAUCCUUCCACAGCGACAAAAACACAAUCGAACAUAGAACAAUCAACAAUAAUAUAUAAUAGAAAAGUACCUCAAACAUGCAAACAGAAUCAAAAUAGUUUACUUGUCUGACACCAUUUUACCUAAUCCACUCUUAUAACAGUAGAAACAAUAGUCAAACAAUAGAUUAACGCAGGUCAAGUCAUAAAGCACAAAUCGUAACACAACUUCCUCUUCCGCAUAUUUUCCGCCAUAGUCAAUAGAACAGUUAUGUUAUUGUGUAGAAAAACUCUUUGCUAACAUCCAAUUCUAUCAGAACACAACUUUAUUCAUAUGGAAAAAAAAAGAGAAUGAAGAGAAAAACCUCUAACAACAACAUCUUUCUUAUUCAACUUUUAACGAGUGGCUGACGAAAUGUAAAGUUGAUUUAGAAUUAGAUAGAGAGGUGUACAGGCGACUCAUGUCUUCCGAGAAAAAAAAACAUCAACUGCUCACCGUCAGGAGGAUUUUCCAGCAAGAGACCGCCAAAUGGCCCACACUUAGAUGUGCCGUGAGCCAACAGUAGGGGCAGAUUUAGUAGUAUACAUAAUAUCGUUUAUUUUUUAUGUUUCUCAAACUUUUUUUUUGGCUUACAGACGAAAUUUAGGCUUUCAAAACGAUCCUAUACAAUAGUAUACUCUCGGCAGCGCAAAAUUACACCAGUCUCUCGCAUUCUAACCUUUGUCUUAGGGUUCAGAGGGGGUCGUCUUAUUUGACAGAAAGGAAUCUAAAUUCGGACAAACGGACAACAACACACAUGCACAUGGAAAAGUAGCGUGAACCAACAAACCAAGCAACCUGAUAAAAGAAAAAAAAAAACAAAAUCCUAAACAACUUGUGAAGCGAUUCAAAAUUCAAAAUUGUACCCGAUAUUGACGAAAAGUUGACUGCUCUUUCGAACAACCUGGAAUGAAGCGAAAUUAAGUAAACAAAAAAUGAAUUUAAGAAAAAAACACUAAUCCCAGCCAUAGGAUUCGCAUGAUAUUUGUGCGAAGGGUAUGGGUAACGUCAUUUGACAAGUUUAUUGUCGGGGAAAAAAAACGAUACUAAAGAAUGUAAGAAAACUAAACAAACAAACAAAAAAAAUCGCGAGUGAAACAAAAAUUAAACCAAGUGAGGUUAUCUUUUAAGGCGUACAAGUUUUGGAGGUAAAAUCAAUUGUUAGAUUUUUUUAUUAUAUAUAUUAUAUUGAAAAUAUACUAUAUAUAUUUAAAAUUGUGAAGAAAAAGAAAAAAAGAAGAAAAAGAUAUUUAGCUAACAAAUUUAAUAUUUAUUAAAUACUAGAGGCUAUAAUAUCGUUGAAUAUUUGUAUAAAAGCGGAUGAACUUUGGAGGAAAGAAAAAGAGAGAGAUAAGGUCAAAUUUGAAUUUAACUUAAGAAGUAUAUUAUUUUUCCUAUGUUAUUUUAUUUGCGUAAUUUCUGUUUAGGUUUUGUUGUUUACUUUUUGUAUAAAAAAAAAACAGAAGUGAAAGCGAAAGCUCGAGGUUAAUGCGUUAUUUAGUUGUGCCAAGCAGAAGAAAAAGAAGAAGACAAAAAAGAAGCAGACAACAGCAACGAAUGGAUUUUUAGGUUGUAUUUUGAGCAGCGAAAAUGACAUUGGAAGAACAAACCAUUUUCAACGAAUUCAAACAAAAGUACUUCCCGUACAAAUACCGAAAAUUUUUCGCGUAAAUUUUUUCUCUGUGCAUCCAAACUGUAUCACUGGCUUUAGGAUGGAAUGUGACGGAUGCACUGUUGUCAAUAAUAGAAGGGCGACUUACUGAAAUUGCCUUUUUGCCAAUUACAAUACCAAUUUAGGGCUAAAUUUCAGAAACUGAUUUUCAAAUGCAGAUUACAAUAUGAAUAAUAAUAACAUGCUUACAUGCUUCAGUUCCGUUUGACUAGUAUCUGUUUAUCUUAAUACAGAAAUUCUGCGACAAAACAAAAACUUAUCACCAGAUUCUGAUGUGUACUAGCGUAUGUACUCUUUCAGUUUUUAGUUUGAUUUCUGAAGCAUGAUCGAAAGAUUGAAUGAACAAACAAAGCAACCACUGAACAGCAGUAUUUUGGGUACAAACUGAAAAGUACAAACGUGCGUUAGAAGAGAGGACUGGAGAAAAACUAUUUCGAAGAUGCAUCCGGCUUUUACGUUUGAUGAUUUAAAAACUGAAACUUCCAUUCAAUCGGAAAGAAAUAGCUAUAUGGCGAAAUACAACGGCAGAAAAAAAAACACCAGACGCAAACAACCAGCAACUCAGAGAAAAGCAAAAAGUUAGCGAGAAGUGACAUAAAAUAAACAACAAAACAUAGCCACAUUACAACAAAAAUCUAACAAUGAUGAACGAACGAUAAUUCCCCGCACAAUAAGACAACCAUGAACUGUAAGCAAAAUCGCAAUACCUCUGGAAAACGAAGAACUACAGCUAAAGAAGUAGCGAAAGGUAUAUCUAGAAUCCAAAACAACCGAAUAGGAAGAAAUCACUCAAAACUCCCAGGAGUAAAAUAAAUGAUCAGCAUAUUUUGGCGAACAUACGAUUGUGUAAACACUCACUUCACAAAGUUGACUAGAAAAAGAACUAAUUGACAAACAAAAUUUAAAUAACUAUACAUAUAAAAGUAGCAAGUUUGGACUUUAUUUGCACACUUUUAGAUUAAACAACCGCGCAGACGAUAGUCGCUUUUAAACAUAUGGCAAAACACAAUUCACAUUCGCAUCUGUAGCAGAGUAAUCGGUAUAAACCACAACCACCAAAAACCUGCAGCAUAAAGCAGAGCAGAGUGGGCAAGGUGAUCGCUAGAUAACUAAUUGUUUAUAGAGUCCAAAUCUGAAAAUACAAAUCAAUACAAAAAAAAGUAGUCACUUUUAGAGGACAACUAAGUUGAAAGUUAAAAAAAACAAGAUUGGAAACAGUAAAUGAUCAUGGAAUACAAAUCCCAAUACGAAUAAGCAGUAGCAUAAACUCUUAGAUUGCAUAACCUAAAAAAAUACAUACAUUUUAUCACAAGGAAAAAAUAACAAAAAAAAAACAAGCAAAAACAUGAUUGAUAGCUGUAGGAUUAUUUUGGCGUGUGUCUUCAGGAUGAAACAAAAAAAACUAUAGAAAUCACAAAUCAAGCCAACAUAAGAAGCAUAUAUAUUCAUAACGAAUGGUCACCUUGUCGCUUGAGAGAGAUUCAGGUCAAACUUAAUUAACAAAAACGAAAAAAUACCGGUUUCCUCAAACACACACAAACACAUUACUGUAGGCAAACGUAAAUAAACAUACAUAUUUGGAGCAAAAUAAAUAUAAUAGAUGAAACACUCUUACCUCAUAUUGAUGACUAUUUAGGAUUAUGAAGCAAAACAAAAUGCCGCAUUUAUUGAAACAAAUUGACAAAAGUAAAUAAACAAAAAAAAAGAAAGAGAGACAGAUUUAAGAAAAAAAUAUAUUUGGAUUUUACUAAACCACAGUGCAGAAGAAAUCAGUGUGAACAAAACCAGCUUCAGCUCGGUACCACUUAGUACCGGUAUCCGAUUUGACAGAUCGAAAAAUGGCGUGUUUUUUGUUUUGAGUUUUGGAAACAAAUUUGAUGUUAAUUACAACAGCACGAGGCAAACGCUGCUGAAUUCCUUACUGAAAAGCAGAAGCGAGAACGAAAACAAAAUUGAAAUUAAAUUUGGUUUGAUGAAAAUAACAAAGAAAACUAUUCGAAUAAUAAUCGAUUACAGCCCUUAAUUUGUAGACAAAACAUCAUAGAUAACGCAAACUAUAAUAUUUGGACAUAUGCUGAAGAAAAAAAGCAAGAAAAGAAAUCAAGGAGCGAGUUUAAGAUUUGAUUAUUAAUACUACUACUUCUACUACUACUAUUUAAUACUACUUCUACUACUACUACUACUACUACUACUACUAAAAGUGAACAUCGUGAAUUCUACAUCAUACGUUUCGUUCUAUUAAAAAGUACAUUUCUUUCUUUAAUUUUCGUUUAAUUUGAAAUAGAGCUGUAAGGAUUUUUGAAACUAUAUAAUGAAAUAAAACUAAAUUGUAAACUAAAAAAGAACGGCAAAACAUCGAAACUGAGAAUGCUAAAGGACUCGUAAAUUUUAAGUUUAGGUAAAAAGGAAAAAAAAGAAGAAAAUGCUAAUGCUUAAAGAUAACCAACUAAAAUAGGCAAUCCGCCAAUCCACAUACAAGAGAAAGAUCACUUACAAUGCCAGUAACCAUUUUUUUUUGUAGUCGAUGCAACUUUCCAAACCAGAAAGCCUCCUACAUCAUCCCUCUCUCCCUCUCCAGUCGACCGCUCCUUUGACGGCCCUUUCAGAAGCGUAAAAAAUGUCAAAUAACCGCAAUCGACGGUAUGCUGGCCUGCGUCGAAAGCACAAACCAACCCCACAACUUCCCCCUUCCCUUACCCAACACUAAUGCACAUGCGAAAACUAAUUUUAUGCUGUCUUACGCACGCUCGUGGAAAUAUACAUAAAUAUAUAGCUACAAACAGUAUAGAUUAUAGAGACACUUUUUCUGCGUUUAUCGUAUAAGAACAUUCUGCAUCCCGCUCCGCUCCCUCCCCCUCUGGACAACCCUGGGAGAAACGCCACCCGACCCGUGGAGACUGAAUUACAUCGUAACGAAAUUACUGGUGGUGGUGCUCCUCCCCGUUCAUCCCGUUCACAUUCCUGUCCACCACAGCACAGCCCUACUGCAUUUGUUUAAAUUUCAUCCACACACACACACUUGCAAACAGUACACACUUCAAUGUAAACAUUCUUUCGGCGGAAGCUUCUAUUUAUUGUGUCUGUUUUAACCAAGGCAAAAUUGACAGAAGAAAAACAAGUGCACCAUAACACACACACAUACCGAUAGAAAUCACCCCGGAAACAUAAUAAAAUGAUACGCAGAUUACAGCACACCGAUAAAUUCAAGACCAUUAUGUUCUCAUGGAAGAAGUGGUAAUUAUUAGGAUUCAGUAUAUUAUAAUAUAUAUUUUUAUUUUUUAUUAUUUUUUUUUUUUGACAGUGUUUAAAUAGAACCCAUGAUAUCGAUAGGGAUGUUAGGUAUGAGUAAGGAUAUAAUGCAAAUAUUGACAUGCCUGUGUGAUAAUAGUUUAUAUUCCUGUCAUUAUCUGUAUUUAUAUCUCCCUCAAGAAGAAUGAAGCGAUAGAUUUGUAAAAAUACGUUAAUUAAUGAAAGUGAAUCAAUAUUAGUGGAUAAAGAUUGUAUUUUUGUAACUUUUUUAUUCUUAUUUCUGCUGACAUAUACAAACCGCUCCAUAAACAAUUGGGAGAGUUAAACAGUAACACUUCUCACACCGACAAUAGCCACGCAAAUCAAAAUAGCCUUAAUAGUUUUUUGUUUUCUUUUUAUUUUGGAAAAAUCUACAACAGAAAGCUCGAUAGUUUUGCUUUACGGCAUUUUUUUUUUCAAAAUUAUGUUAAACUACGAUCUCGAUGCAUAUUUUUCUAAAGUCUCCAUACACACGCAAUAGUCACUCGAGAGCCAAGUUGUAGUUCCUACAACACACAACAUUACAACAGCUAAACAAAACAUAUAUAUUCGUAUAUACACUCACCAUAACCCCACGGUAAGGCUGCCCCACCAGCAGCCAAUCCAAACAAUCGAAGAUCAACCCCAUGCGAAAGUACAGCAGAUCUUACCUUUACACUAAAACACAUUUUGACGCAAAAAAAGAAGAAGAAAUGAUAAGUAGAAAAAUAAUACUACCAAGUAAAAAAGUAAAAAAAUUUCAAACCGAUUGAUCCAAAUAUAAAUGAAAUAAAGAAGAAGAAAAAAACAAACGCAACUAAAUAUUAUAAUUAAGGAAGAGCAUACUUUGUUUGUUUUUUUUUUAUAUAUAGCUAGAAGAGUGACGAAGUGAAAGCAAGGAAGAUCACAAACAGACUAUCUUCUCAUACGCGAACGCAUGCAACGGUUUUACAAGGAAAGAGUAAACAACAACAAGAAAGAAAACUACCUCAAUAUUUCUAUUAUAAAGUGAAAGCCCGUGAUUAAUUUAAAGGUAACGCGUAAUAAGUUUGAAGGAAAAAGAAACAAGAGUUUAAAAUGGCGCGAGAGAAAAAAAGAAAACUAUGUAUUAAAUGUAGUUUGUAUUUAUAUAAAACGACAUCAUGAGAUCACACAACUGAACGAAGAAGGAACCAACAUCUCCCACCACCGCUCUGUUGGCUGAACACCAAAAAAAGGGGAAGCAAAAAAAGGGGAAGCGGGUGGGAAGUUAUGAGUGUCUGAACUGAGCAGUAGCGCAAUUUCCGUACUGUAUUCAGCACUUUUUUUGUUGAUCUUGAAGCUUAAAGUAAUUGGAAACAUGCCAAGUUUGUCCGGGAAAACACCUUAAAAAUUAAACAGCUUAGAAAAAAAUAACAUGUCCUUAGCGCAGCACGGAUAUGGCAAUGUGAAGAAUGUUUACAUCGAUCGAAUUCAUUUGAAGCUCCAAACAAACCCAAACAACCCAAAUAGAAAGCAGUAAAAACGAAGGGAAAAUAUCAACACACCAACCACAGAGAAGAGCAUACUCACAUAGAAGCAUGUGAAAAAUAAGAAGAAAAAUUCCAAAAAAAUCGUAAAACUACGGAAAAAUUAAAAAAUCUGUUGAUACCUAGGAUUUGAGGUCCGUUCCAGCAAACAAGAAAUAAACAACAGAGAAAACACAUCUUUCGUGCACUGUACGCCUGUUUCUUUCGGUUUGCUUCAGAAGAAAAUCAUACAAUUAAAAAAAAGUUUAAAAAAACAGUUUAACAACUUUAAUACAUACACAAACAGAGCUGCACACGCAAAACCGAAGAAUAGUUACAGUACAGCCGAAGUAAGCUGACUAUUUGUGUUUCCAUGCAUAAUUCACUCCGCGCGAAGCAAGGUGUGCGAGAAAGAGACAGACGUGUGAGCCCAACCGAGCAGAAGCGCUUGGGCAAAACGAAGAACGAAAUAGUAAACCUGCAAAACUAAAACCCAGAAUAUAAAAACCGUACAAUUCGAGAUGUAUACACAUAUAAAUACAUACAUAUAUAUGUAACCGAUGCCCACUAUAAUGUCAAAGCAAAAUGAUUUUUUUAAUUUUUCUGAAUAAAUUUAAUUUUUCAAAAAUG